AUGAGGUGGGACCUCAGCGCGACGCUUGCCACGGUACAUUUUAGCGACGCGGUUGGUAUACAAUGGCCAACGUUUGUAUGGAUUGAUGACAAUACAGAAGAGACCAGAGUUUUUACUAUCGAUCUCAUUAUGAAAUCACAACAAUUUUCUUCCGUAAUCGGAUUUUUGAAACUGUUGGGAGUUGGACUAAACGAAACAUAA